UUUUAUCGUCUGUCACCAGUUGGUCACCAGAAGGAAGAGUUAUGGUAUUUUCGAAGUAUGGUAUAUUCAGCUAAGUUGUUGUGUUGGCGACAUUUCAGUGUUUACAUACUCCCAGUUUGCACCAUCCAACAUGACAGCGCCCAUUUGGCGAACAACAUGGGAAGUGCGUGUGGAAAAGCACCUUGCAAUGGAGGAAAAUUCCGAAACAUAAUGACAAGCUUUGGUGACUGGACAGGAAUCAUCAUUUUCGAGAGUUAAUGUGCAUCUAUGCAGCUGUGAAGUUUUGAUAUGGCAUCCAGACCCACUCCCGACAGUGGUGUCUCAGGUGGCUCCAGGGAAACACUGAUCAGUAACGCCAAAGUAAUGCUUUAUCAUUCCUGGUCUUUCUUAGCAGACUAUUUGCCUCUAGCAAACUCGCAGGCAUCAGAUUUCAUUGUUAAAAACUUAUGGAGUCUCUAUGUGCCACAGAACAUUCAGGAAGAACUUUUAAAGAUGUCAGAUGAUGAAUUAUCUUCUUUCCCGUCUGGCAUGCUUGGAGAAGUGAUGUCAGAAUGUUAUGGAAAGGAAGACAAAGGUGAAAUGUUUAAUGCUGAGCAAGCCAAAGCAAAUAUUAAAUCGGAAGAAAAGUGGGAAUCUUUUGAUCCAGGGGAACAUCGACUUGAAUUCAUUAAGUGUCAGUUCCUUGAGAAUUCUUCAGUGUCAGCAAAAGGAAAAAAAUCUGUUCAUCUACAAACCUGUCCUAUUUCCUGGAAGCAUUCUAAUUUGUAUGCAUUCACACAAGCUGCCCAGAAGCAUACACUGACGUCAAUGGAUGUCUUAACUGCAGUUGGUGAGGUUGUCAGUGUGCAGAGUCAUGCUGUACAGGAUGAUGAUGAUGUUGAUGGUGCUGCUGAUAAUGAUGAAGUGGAUUGUGUGCUGAUGUCACAGAAGAAGAGUCAUGAGGUUGAAGUAAUGGCAGAAGUUUGUGCACGCAUGGCUGAUGCUUUUAAAACUAAUCUGACUGUGGACCUUGGCAGUGGGAAAGGCUACCUGAGCACUCAAUUGUGUUACAAGUUUAACCAUCACGUCAUUGGGAUCGACUCUUCAUGCACAAACACCGAGGGUGCCACCAAGAGGGCAGGCCGCCUAGACAAGAAAUGGAGUGUCAGAAAAAACCAGCCAGUAAAACAAAUGAAAAGUUCACAAAAAGACAAAAACCAUCCAUCAGACACUUUGCCUGAAACUAGUACUACAAAUGAUUUUGAGUCAAGUUCUUUUGUGAGUAAAUGUUCAAGCUGUGAUGUUGACAAACUUUCAGACAAUUUUACUACAUUUAAUGUACAUGAUGAAGAUGUGGCUAUGCUUCAUGCUGAAACAGCAGACAUUAAAUAUUCAAACCAAAUUGCCCACGAUGACGAUAGUUCCACAAGGCUGACUGGUUAUUUUGAAAACUACAAGAAUCAAGAAAAAUGAAACAAUUAACAGUGUGAAUUUUCUGGAGCCAAUGAUGAAGUUAUUUCAGUGGAACAUUCAGACAGUUUGUGUAACCCGGAUUCAGCUGAAAAGCACAAAAAGUCAAGCUCAUUAAACCAUACUUCUGGUGAAAGGAUCCAAAACAUUAUCAGAGACAGGUGUGAACAUGUUAAACAGGACAGGUUUGUCCCGCUGACAAAGUAUGUUGAUUGUAACAUGAAGCUGAUGGAAUCAGUGAAAGAAUCAGUAGUUAAUUUGGGAUUAGACCCCAACAAGGCCAGGCUGCUUCUGACGGGUCUUCAUACAUGUGGGGGUCUUGGUUCCAGUCUGGUGCGGUUGUUCGUCAACAGUCCAUCUGUUCGAGCCAUGUGUAAUGUUGCUUGCUGCUAUCAUCUCAUGGAAGAGGAGUUUGUUGCCAGUCCAUUCAGUGAUGAUGCAAGUGCCCCCUCAGACUUCCCCAUGAGGAGCUAUCUACAGAAGGCACAUAUUGGCUUGGGGAAGGCGUCCCGGAACAUAGCCUGCCUGUCUGUACACAGAAUGGCUGCAGAGAAACAGCUUCAGGGCAAGUCUUUCUACUCAAGGGCCCUGUUAGAAAAGAUCAUUCAUGAUGUGGUCGGAGAUGUAGGAAAUGGAGGUCAGAAACUACGGAAACUAGAGAAGCGAAGCAAAUCUUUGUAUGACUACAUGGUAAAGGCAUUCACAAGGCUGGGACUACCUACAGACAAGGUGACUCGAGACCUUGUUGAAGACUAUGAUAAAAGGUACAGCCAUGUCCGUCACCAGCUGGCUGCAUUUGUUCAGCUCCGUGCCGUCCUAGCUCCAUGUAUUGAGUCCCUCAUCCUCCUCGACAGAUACCUUUACCUUCUGGAACAGGAUGAUAUCCAAGAUGUGUACCUCACACAACUAUUUAAUCCAGUUGUGUCACCAAGAUGCUUUGCUAUCAUUGCCACCAAGAGAAACUAAAACUACCUCGAACAAGGAUUUGAUUCACUUCAUUCAAAAGAUGCAGAACCAUCAUUUCAGUCUUCAGGACAAGCUGGAAAUGCCUACAACAAUUUCAUCACCAUCAUCAAGUAGACAUGUUAACUCUGUGUUGUAAUCUUUGUUCAUGAAAACAUUUCCACCACAUAACUGCUUCUGUGAUUCAAUUAUGUCCUUGCACUUUAUUUGUGCAUGGUUUACUGAGUCAUUGACCUUCAAAACAUGUUUUGCCAAUCAGUUUGUAUCACCUACCUUUACUCCAUAAUUCUAUGCCACCAAUUUUUUAACAUACUGACCAUAUGAUACAUUAUCAAAAUACCUAAACCAAAACAAGAAGUCUAGCCUUACUUGUAAAAUCUAAAGGGAAAAAGAGGUCCAUUGGUUAGACAAUAAUCAAUGGCUCUGUUGUAUUUAUGGUGAUAUUAAGGGACACUAUGCUCUACAGCCAGAUUCCUGCCAUUUUGAAAGAAGUCCUUCUCCCACAAGAUCUCAUGUAUUUGAAAACUUAAUUUUUCAUUACUCUUUCCUUUGAAACACUGCUCAAAUGAUGCAUCAAAAUAUAGAAUCUUACAUAGUAACAAAGAAAAUGUGUAUAUGUGCAUGAUAUUUAUCUAAUCCUGCGCUACUUACUUCCUGCACUUGUUGCUUACGACUCGAAAUGUAGCUGCUAAGUAUACGUAUAUGGGGGUCUUACCACUUACCCAGCAGCUAUUGUUUUAAGGUUCCAGAUCAGUGAAGCGAUAUAAUCCCCCAAAACAAAAGGUGCACCUGUAAUUUAGUUCCCUUUGAGAUUUCGUCACCCAGCAAUCUGUGAGAUUUGGUCCGUCACCAAAAAAGAAAAAGGUGUAAAUAAUCACCAUUUUAUUGACAUUGACACACAUUUUAGAUAUUUACUGGACAUUUUACUAAAUAAAUACUUGUAAACUG